UGAGGCGGCCCCAAGUCGCGUCAGUCAUUCGAAGACUUUAAACGCACCAAGUUGCCUAGUUCGGCUGCACGACUACUCGACUCCUCUUUCGAUUUUGUGUGGAUUCAACAUAGAGCAUACGCCAUGAAUCUGCGCUACAUUUGCACAUUGUCGCUGCUGCCCACGCUGUAUGUGCUGCUGGUGCUGCUGCUGGAGUAUGUGGAGCAGGGCCUCGCCCAAAAUCCGGAUCCGUUGUUCGAGCUGCCCGUGCAGCUGGUCGGUUUCCCAGUUAUUGUCCUGUCGGUGCGUCUGUCGCAGUUUGCCAAAAAGUUGGCUUACUCCCUCAACCCAAAUACGUACCGUUCGCGUAGCAGACGUGACGCCGCCCACCCGCUAGCUUUGGACGCCCAGUUGGCCCAGAAGGAGAUACAACGCGAGUUCGGGCCACAGGCUUGCAUACUCGAGGAGCCGUGUCGUGUGCAUGCCUCACGUCCAGGCAGUCAACGGCAGUCUGGUAGCGACGGCAAGGCAAAGCUGCAUGCGCCCUGGUCUGAGGUCUUGAGGAACUACAAAGUGCAAUCAACCGACGGCUUGAAACAAUGGUAUCUGCUCUCGGUCUUUAUCGGCGAUGCUGUGCGGGAUGUGCCGCUAUGCAAGCACCUGGCCAAACGGAUGCCAUGUCCAGGCACUGGACCGCUGCCGCCGCCACAGCCUCGCUAAGUAGUGGUCGCCUGUCGGACUAGGCGGCACUCGAACAUGGGCGGGCUUUAUUUUAUUUUUUAUUGUAGACGUCGCAGUUCCGGGGGCAUCUGCAGCAUCUGCAUCACAUCGUGUAGUCAGUCAAUCGCAUGGACAUCUUUGUUACGUUCUUUCGAACCUCAACUCCGUCUCCAUCUAUCGUCACUCUUCAUCAAUUCGUACUGUUAGUUGUUUUUAGGGGCUUUAAUUUAAACGACAGACAGCAUAGGCUUACACUUAUAUAAGUAUGUAUGAAGAAUAAGAAAAUAAAUCAA